AUGAAAAAAUAUUGUGAAGAAUUUAUUGGAUUAAUGAAAGGAUGUAAUAAAAGAACACAAAGAGAAAUUACAGCAUAUACUAUGUAUAUGAAAGGAAUGGUAGCAUUUGAAGAUCACCAAUAUGAAGACGCAUUAAAGUAUUAUUUUAAAAGUAUUACUAUCAUUGGGUACAUUGAUGAAGAGAUGAGUGAAGAAAGUAAAAUUAUCUUUAGAGAUAUUGUAGAUGAUGCCAAUGCUAAAAUCAGAGUAUGCAAAGAUGAAGGUAAAGAAAUUAAAGAAGAAGAAGAACUUAAAGAAAUUGAAAAGUGGAAAGUUGUUGAUGGAGAAGCUCAACUUUUCUCUAUUCCUGAUGACCUUAUGAGAGAUGUUAUGAAAAGUUAUAGAGAUAGUAAAAACAAAGGAAUUGUAGAAAGAAUGAAUAUUAUUCAGAAAGCAGUAAGUCAUUGUAACAAAAUGAUUUCCAAUAAAAAAAUUGCUAAUAGAAUGAUGUAUAAAGAGUUAUUAGAUUAUGCCAGAGAAGAGAAGUAUAAGUUAAUUGUUGCAGAAAUUAUUGAAAACAUUAAUGAAAUAGAAAAACAUUUAGGUCAAUUUUCUCUUGGAAAUGAACAUAUUGAUUCAAAUGGAAAAUUAGAUAUUGUUAUGACAGAAUAUUCUAAAUUAAUUUAUAUGGAAAAGAAAAAACCAAAUCCUAAAAAUUGGCAAAUAUCAAGUUGGCAAUGCUAUAAGAAUUAUUAUCAUUGUCUUUCAUUAUUUAACCAAAACAAAUUAAAAGAAAGUUACACUCAACUAAGAGAACUUAUAGAUACUAUUGAUGAAUUAAUUCCUUCAGUUGAAGCUUCAGAAAGAAAAAGAUUAGAAGUUACUUUAAAUUGUACUCAUGCAUUAGUUGUUGAAAUAUUAAAGAAUUUAUGGAAAGAAAAAACAGGAGAUAAAGCUUUAAUGAUUGAUGCUUGUUCACAAUAUUUAGAAUAUCCUUCUUUAGAAAAGAAAGGAUGGUUCUCGUGGUGGUAA